GAUUUUUUUGCAUCUGGUGGUAAUUUUUCUCAUUUGAUUAUUUUAACCGAGUUUUUAAAACUAAAUUGGUGGUUAAGUAACAUAUUUUCAUAUUAUUUAAAUUGAAUGUAUCGGUAAUAUCGAAUCGGUAAUAUCAAGUCCGUUGCCUAUUUGCGAUGCCGAAUAUUCGACCAUUGUCGCCUGAGUUGGCUAAAAAAGCCAAAGAUGAGCUGCACGAGGUUCCUGAACGUCUGGACGAUGACUUGGCAGCUUUACGGGCUUGGUUGGCCAAAUGCCCCCACAUCAGGUCCCGAACCGAUGAUCAAUUCCUGAUGAUGUUCUUGCGAGGCUGCAAGCACAGCUUGGAGCGAGCCAAGGAAAAAUUGGACCUGUAUUACACGGUUCGAACUGCACUUCCGGAACUGAUUCGGAAUCGCAAUCCAUUCGAUGGGAAACUUGGUGCCCUUAUGCGGAUGGGAUCGGCAUUUCCGCUUCCGCAAACGGCCGGUCCAGACAGUCCACGUAUUAUGAUGAUUCGGCCGGGAGUCUACGACCCUGCCAAGUACACAAUUCAGGAAGUAUUUAAGUUCAAUUCCAUGCUUGGUGAUUUAAUGAUGAUGGAAGAUGACAAUUUGAUUAUUGCUGGACAAAUGGGAAUACUCGAUCUGUCCAACACAACUAUGGCCCAUUUUCUGCAAUUCAACCCAACAUUUGUGAAGAAAGCUACAAUGUGGAGUCAGGAAGCUUCGCCACUUCGUUUGAAAGGAUUCCAUUACAUUAACACUCCUUCAGGGUUUGAAAUUGUGUACAACAUGUUUAAAAAUUUCCUCAACGAGAAAAACCGUUCGAGACUUCACGUUCACGGUAGCAACCUGGAAGAGUUGUACAAACACAUCCCCAAGCGGCUGCUCCCGGAGGAAUAUGGAGGAGAGGCUGGACCGAUUCAGGAUAUUGUGGACAAGUGGGUGGCGAAAAUCGAGGAUAACAAAGAUUAUUUCCUGGAGGAUGAAAAGUAUGGAACCGACGAGAAGAAACGUCCCGGCCGGCCGAAAAAUGCCGAAAACUUGUUUGGCAUUGAGGGUUCGUUCCGUAAACUGGAAGUGGAUUAGGUUUUCAUACAGGACAACACGGAAAUAUGUACAAUAAAUAAAAAAUCAUGCUUAGUUUAGAUUUUUAUGCAUUCGAAAUAUCAAUGACUUGCAUGAUUAUAAUUACAAAAUAUAAGAAAUGAUCGCAACCAGUAACAAAAAUAUUUAAAGAAAAACAAUAUCUUUGUUCAAAACCAUUCCUAUCGGUUUGAUUUCGGGUAUUAUUAU